GAAUGAGUGCAUUGCGUUCCAUGUCUCUGAUACGAGUACAUGUUGCUCGAAGAUGAUGAGGCAAGCUCACUACGAGUAUCUAUCUUCAGGCAUUGCACGCCGGUUGCCAUGAGAAUGACAUCAUCUUCUCCGCUGUAUGACGAAGAUUGAGGACAAUGAGCACACGAUCGAUCAAUCAUCAAUCCAUCACGAGCAAUAAAUAUGGUGAGAUUCUGAGGUAAGGGAUGCUUUUCCAUCUUUUGAUCUUAUCCUCGAACCACCACAAUCCACUGCAAAUAUCCUCGAAUCGACACUCAGAAUUCCAUAUCCCAGCAAAACCCAAUCUUUCUUCAUCAUGCCUGAAUCCGGGAGAGACAGCGGCGGUGACCUCUUUGAUAUGGCCAAGGACGGCACCAGUGUUCCAAGCAACGCAGCAGAGCCGAGAUUGAUCCCAUCCAAAGCUCGUCCCGACCAAAUAGCCUCAGAAACGGAUCCCAACAACUUGGGAGGACGGACACUGCAUGAGGCAGCGGACAAUGCGGGAGAUAUUCCGAGAACCACCCGUGACACUGCAACCAACGAUGUCUUGACCGGUACCGGAGACUCGCUCCCUGGCCAGGUUGACUCGAAAAGAUUACACAACGUUCCUGGCGGCGUUACCAAAGAUCCCUUUGCAAAGGGCUCGACGAGGAUGACGGAACACAAGAAGAACCCCUCAGAUUUCGAGAAGGGUGCGUCGGAUGGUCCAUUGACAGAUCGGGCUCCGGGUGAAGAAGAAUUAAGUGAUGAGCAAGUCAUGGACAGACAUGAACGCAAGGACUGAAGGAAUCAGUGACGGCGUUUGGGAUGGUCAAAUACCCAUUCUAUCGAGGUGGGAGCCUCCCAAAAUGAUGUAUCAAAAUCAAUACAGAAGUAUAUGAGAAUUGCACACCAUCUUCACACUGGAAAUCUAUCAUCAUUCCCUCACUAACAGAG